GGGAAUUGAUGACAUUAGCGCGUUACCGAUGGCGGGUCGUCCGAGCCUUCGUCAUCGUCGUCUCUCUUCUCUCUCUCCGGCAAAUUUUCUUAGUCCUUUGGUUUUUUAAUUCAAAAGAACAGAUUUUCUUCUUCCUCAUCUGCGACUUCCCCAAUUCGACCGCAUUAAAUUUCUGCCCAGAUCCCUAGCUUUCUUCACACAUCCCCAUCUGUUAGAAUUUGUAAACUUUGAAAUUAAUUGCAACCCGACGAAACAUUUUCUUCGUUUUUUUCAGAAACCCAUUUCUCUCUCUCUCUCUCCUCUGAUUCCUGUCUGCUACGGUCACGAUUAAAGAAAUCAGCAACCAUGGAUUCUUCUGUCUCUCUCUGCCACCUUCUCGCAUGCACGAGAGCUCUUUUGUACGUUUAGUGCUUGUUUUCCCCCAUCUUUUAUUUAUAACAACAGUGGUGAUAUUCCCAGUUCUUCAUUUCUAUCUGCUCUGUUACUGUUUCUGGGAUUUCUUCUCGGCUGCUUCAAUCUCUGGCGCUGUUCUCAGUUGAAGCAAGCGGAACCCAGAUUUAGAGUUCGUGGGUGGUUUUCUCUCUGAGGUGGAGGAAAGUAAACGAUGGUUUCUCCAUUUCCGAGGUUGUACGGACGGGAACCAUGAAACUUAGAACGGCAGCGUCUGGACUCUCGGCGGCGACGUAUCCCCUUCUUCUUCUUCUGUUGUUCAGAUGGGUUGCGGAGGAUCCAAGGUAGAUGAUCAACCGCUUGUGAUUCUCUGCAGAGAGCGCAAGGACUUCAUCAAAGCGGCGUCGAACCACCGGGUUGCUCUCGCCGCCGCUCAUCUCGCCUACUUCCAGUCUCUCCACGACGUCGGCGAAGCCAUUCGCCGGUUCGUCGACGAGGAACUCGUCGUGGGUUCGUCGUCUUCGCCGGAUUCGCCCGUGCUUACCCUCCCCUCCGAUGAGGGGAAGCCGCGGAAACCUAAGAUCUCGUCGUCUUCCACGUCGAUUUCGCACUCGGUCAUCGAAGAAGGAGAAGAAGACGAAGACGAAGAAAAUACAGAGGAUUCGCAUUUGCAUCUCUCUUCCGGAUCUGAAUCGGGAUCGGAAGCCGGAUCUGACCCGUCGGAGGGUCAUAUCCACAUUGAAAGCAGUCCGGAACCGGAGGGUCAUAUCCACUACCGUCCGCCGGAAAGUUUCCCUCAUGGCUAUCCCCCCGUUUACCCUCCGUUAUAUUCACCGGGCUACUCAUCUGGGUACCCAUAUCCGCCGGGAGACUGGGGGUUCAUGGGUGGGAACCCGGACCCGAAUCCAAACUCGUACCCGGGUAUGUAUUACAUGAAGAAAUCUGCGGCACCAUCUCGAUCGGUUGUGUUUCAGCCGGAGAAUCACCGAGUGGAGAACGGCCAAUGGCCGUCGGAUCCUGGAUUUGGGUAUCCAGGUUAUUACCCUGGAAACCCGAGAUCUGGAUUCUUUGGAUACCCUCCGUCGUCUGGGGAUUUCGCGGAGGUCCCACGGAGUUCACCGGCUCCGGCUCCGCCUCCUCCGGCGCCGCCGGCGCCGCCGAGCGUUUCUGCGUGGGAUUACCUGAACGUGUUUGAUAUGUAUGAUUAUAGCGGCGGCGGAGCUGGGUAUUCGGGUUUGCACCCGCCGAGCAAUGCGGUUGCCGGGUCAAACUCGAGCAGUCCGGAUUCGAGGGAAGUCAGGGAGAGGGAAGGGAUUCCUGAUCUGGAAGAGGAAACAGAGCAAGAAGUCAUCAAGGAAGCUUACAAAUAUACGAAGAAGACAAAGACGAAGAAGAAGAAGGAGGUAGAGUCUGUGACAGAACAGAGACAUGACCAUGAUCAUGCGCAUGACAAUCCUAAAAUCGAAGAAAUCCGCGAGAGGAGCAUUAAUGGAAGAGGAAAUUCCGGUGAAGGAACUUCAAGGGCAGUGCCUAUGCCAAGAAGUGCCACCGAGAGCUCCUCCUCAACAGUGUCAUCGUUUUCGAACAGUGAUGUAGGGCAUGAAUUCCAUCAUGUUAAUGGCGGCGAGGGAAAGGGUAGUAACAGUUCAAGUGGGCAUGGCACGGUAAUGACAAAGAGCUCGGAAGAAGCAGAAGAAGAGAUCGGGAGGAAGAAAGGAGUGAGCUUUGAGUUGGAGGAGACGACCACAACCUCGUUUGAUGUCGAAUCAUCCAAGAUUAGUAGCCUGACCACAUUAUCUGUCCAUGGCACUAGGGAUCUUAGAGAAGUUGUGAAGGAGAUCAAGAAUGAAUUUGAGGUUGCCUCUUCGUAUGGGAAAGAGGUGGCUGUAUUGCUUGAAGUCAGCAAGUUACCUUAUCAGCGGAAGAACAAUGGGUUCAAAGUGAUCUUCUCCAGGAUCAUGUAUCUGGUAGCACCAUCCAUGUUGCAAACUCGGUCUCGACCUCAACCCUCGGUUCGGCUAACAUCGAGGACGUUGAAAAUGGCGAAAUCAUACAAUGGCGAGGAGCCUGGAGGCUUCACUUGCAACUUAUCGUCGACCUUGGAGAAGCUUUAUGCAUGGGAGAAGAAAUUGUACAAGGAAGUUAAGGAUGAAGAGAAACUUCGGGUCAUCUACGAGGAGAAGUGCAAAACCCUAAAAAAGCUUGAUAGCCAUGGAGCGGAAUCUAGCAAGAUCGAUGCUACUCGGGCAUCGAUCAGGAAGCUGCUAACUAAGAUCGAUGUCUGCAUAAGAUCUGUCGAUUCCAUCUCCAGUCGGAUACAUAAACUCAGGGACGAAGAGUUGCAGCCGCAACUAACUCAGUUAAUUCACGGGUUGAUAAAGAUGUGGAGAUCGAUGCUGAAGUGCCACCAGAAACAGUUCCAGGCGAUCAUGGAGAGCAAGGUUCGGUCUCUGAGGGCAAACACCGGCCUCCAAAGAGACUCGGGUCUGAAAGCGAUUCUCGACCUCGAGAUGGAGCUUCGAGAAUGGUGCAACAGCUUCAACGAUUGGGUCAACACCCAGAAAUUGUAUGCGGAGUCCCUAAACGGGUGGCUUUCGAGAUGCCUUCACUACGAACCCGAAGCAACUGACGACGGGAUCGCCCCAUUCUCCCCUAGUCGGCUCGGGGCCCCUCCCGUCUUCGUCAUAUGCAACGAUUGGCAAGAUGCGAUGGCAAGAAUAUCCGGGGAGAAUGUAACGAACGCGAUGCAAGGCUUCGCCUCGAGUCUCCGUGAGUUAUGGGAGAGGCAAGACGAGGAGCAGAGGCAGAGAGUGAAAGCGGAGUAUGUCUCGCACGAUUUCGAGAAACGGCUGAAUGAUUUACGGACAGAGAGGGCGAGGGCGAGGAUGAAGGCCGACGAGGAGGAGCGAGAUGAAGCGUCGGGGAAGAGCGUGGUCUCGACGGGAGGUCGUUCGGGGAGCGGGAUCUCGGCACUGGAUGAUCUGAAAGUGGAUUUGGAUUCGAUGAGGAAGAAGUUGGAGCAGGAGAGGGAAAGACACAAAGAAGCCAUUAAGCUUGUGAAUAAUGCAGCUUCGACCAGCUUGCAAGCAGGUCUGAUUCCCAUCUUCGAGGCUUUGGGAAAUUUCACCUCGGAGGUGGUGAAAGCUCAUGAACAUGUUAGGCUUCAGUAUCCUCGCGCAUCGUGAAAUCUGGAUUUUGGGGGUUGGAAUUGCGAAUUUCAAAGUUUUGGUACUUGAAAUUAGAUAUUAGAUGGGUAGGGGAUUUUUGUACAUAUACAUACAUUCGUUAAUUGGUUGUAGAUCCCUUUUUUUUAGAAGUCUCCGAAUUUUGCUUUUGCUUU